GUAGAUACCAUUUUCUAGUUCUCUUCAUACGUAAGCCUUUCAGCAUCAUUGUAGUUUAUAAAUGACCGCAAUUAACACAACUUUCCACUGAUAUUUUUAUAACUCAUCUGAGGUAUUCCCUGAAGACUUGUUCAUGGAGCUUCACAAGCUCAAUAUUCUCAUCACAAUCCUGUUCCUAUAUUUGUUCCCUCAUUCACAAAAUUGCCAACAAGUAUACCUCAACAACACUGUCUAUGACUGCUCUGAUGACCCUUCUGUAGCAAAAGGAUAUCUUUGCAAUGGCCUUCAAGAUUCAUGCACUUCCUUCUUAGUUUUCAGGUCCAAAUCUCCCUAUGACAACCCUCUCAUGAUUGCUUACCUUCUUGGCUCAGAAACAUCUGAUAUAACCUCAAUCAACAAUAUCUCAACAACUGAGAAGAUUCCUUCCAAUAACUCAAUCAUUGUUCCUGUCUUCUGUUCAUGUAAUGGAAACAUCUAUCAGUAUGACACACUUUACACUGUCAAAGAAAAUGAUACCUACUGGGCCUUGGUAAAAGAAACCUUCCAAGGCCUCACCACCUGUCAAGCAAUUAUGGGUCAAAAUUACUAUCCUCCAACUAAUAUUGCAAUUGAUGCAGAGCUCAAGGUUCCAAUGUUAUGUGCUUGUCCCACUGCAAAUCAGACAGAAAGAGGGGUCACCUCUUUGCUGGUUUACUCUGUCAACUCUGGUGACAGUGUUAAGUCCAUAGGAGAGGCUUAUGAUGUGGAUGAACAAAGUAUACUAGAGGCCAAUGAGUUGUCAGAGUCACGGAGUGCAAACAGCAGCAUGCUUCUCCCUGACUCCACACCUAUUUUAGUUCCUCUAAUGGGGAAGAACUGCAAAGAGAAUCCAGAUAAAUUCUACUGUAAAUGUUACAGAGAACCACUAACAGAUGGAAGCUCCAAGGGGCUAUUAUGUGAUGAAUCUGGUGGCAAUGAAUUUCCUGUCAGAUUGGUUGCUGCUUUAGGUGUUGGACUUGGUUUAGGCUUUCUGUGUUUGUUUCUUCUGGGAUACAAAUCAUAUCAGUACAUACAGAAAAGGAGAGAAAGUAUCCGAAAGGAAAACCUUUUCAGGAAAAAUGGUGGCUACUUGUUACAAGAGAAGCUCUCAUCUUACGGAAAUGGAGAAAUGGCAAAGCUUUUUACAGGCGAGGAGCUACAAAGAGCCACAGAUAACUACAACAGCAGUAGGUUUGUUGGUCAGGGUGGCUAUGGCACAGUGUACAAAGGAAUGUUACCUGAUGGAACCAUAGUUGCAGUUAAAAGGUCCAAAGAAAUUGAAGGGAACCAGAUAGAGACUUUUGUGAAUGAAGUGGUGAUUCUAUCACAGAUUAACCACAGGAACAUUGUCAAACUAUUGGGUUGUUGUCUUGAGACAGAAACUCCUUUAUUAGUCUAUGAAUUCAUUCCAAAUGGAACACUCUCUCACCAUAUCCACAGGAGAGACAAUGAGCCCUCCCUUUCAUGGGAGAGUCGCCUUAGAAUUGCAUGUGAGGUUGCUGGAGCAGUGGCAUAUAUGCAUUUUGCAGCUUCAAUUCCCAUUUUCCAUAGAGACAUUAAACCUACCAACAUACUUUUAGACAGCAACUUCAGUGCCAAGGUGUCUGAUUUUGGAACAUCAAGAUCAGUGCCACAAGAUAAGACUCACUUGACCACAGCUGUAGGAGGAACUUUUGGGUACAUUGACCCUGAAUAUUUUCAGUCUGGAAAGUUUUCAGAUAAAAGUGAUGUGUACAGUUUUGGGGUAGUGCUGGUAGAGCUCAUAAGUGGGAGAAAGCCAAUUUCAUUCUUAGAGGAAGAUGAGGGUCAAAAUCUGAUUGCAGAGUUUCUUUCUCUGAUGAAGGAGAACCAAGUUAAUGAAAUUUUAGAUGGAAUGGUGGCUAAGGAGGCAAUGAAAGAUGACAUUUUUGCCAUUGGAAACCUUGCAAUGAGAUGCUUGAGACUUAAUGGGAGGAAAAGGCCAACAAUGAAGGAGGUUUCACUGGAAUUAGAAGCAUUGAGAAAGGUUCAAAGUUCCUUACAGAUCAAACAUGAUGAUGAAUACCCAACUACUGACAUAGUUGAAGAAUGCACAGACGAAAGGAUGCCACUUUGCUCAGAACAAGACUCCACAUCCUUCUAGGAAAACCAGAUUCUUGUCUGUUAACUUGUGUUUCAUUUUUCAAUU